AUAUACAACCAUCACCAAGCGAAGGGUUCAUUCAUUUCCCUUCUUCAACUAGCUAAUCUGCCCAAAUACGGCACUGUUUAAUUUGAAAGCGAAGCUAUCACUUAUCCACACAAACACUACUACUUUUCUCCCUUAACUGCUGCUUAUGCUUAUAAAUAAAGCUUCUCUCUCAAAACAAGGACCUUCCCAUUCUCGGUACCGUCAUCAUAACCGUAUUUCUCAAUAAUGUUCUCGUUAAAAUUCCCUAUCCCAAUUGAGAACACGUUAACUCCUCCUCCAAAAACCAAUAAUAAUAAUAAUAAUAAUAAUAAUAAUAAUAAUAAUAAUAAUAAUUACAAUAAAUUUUCUGGAUGUUCCUAUUAUUGUUCCGUUUAUGCCAAUGACAAACUCCGUGGAGGUAUAAUAAGGUCUCCUCCUACGUCGAAUGUGGCGCUCCACAACAACGAAGCCUCCGUUGUUGGAGGGUGGCCAGAGACGACGGAGGCAAAGGAAGAGCCAUUUCCGGAGGAGCUGAGAGCGGAGCUGAUGCCGAAGCACGUGGCGGUGAUAAUGGACGGGAAUAGGAGGUGGGCGAAGACAAGGGGUUUGUUUCCGUGGGCGGGUCAUCAGGCUGGUGUGGAGGCGCUGAAGGAGGUGGUCAGGCUGUGCUGCAGCUGGGGGAUUAAGGUCCUUACUGUCUUUGCGUUUUCUUCUGAAAAUUGGAUUCGCCCCAAGGUGGAGGUGGAUUUCUUGAUGAGCCUGUUCGAAAAAACAAUAAACUCUGAAAUUGACGAUUUUAACAGGGAAGGAAUCCGAAUAUCCGUGAUUGGAGAUGCAACAAAGCUGCCCAGCUCAUUACUUAGAAUGAUAAAGUAUGCAGAGGAAAGCACAAAAGAAAAUUCAAGACUCCAACUCAUAGUAGCAGUUAGUUAUAGUGGAAAAUACGAUGUGGUCCAAGCAUGCAAGAGUGUGGCAAAAAAAGUCAAAGAUGGCAUUCUAGAUUUGGAAGAAAUCAACGAAGGCAUCAUAGAACAGGAAUUGGAGACUAACUGCACUGAAUUUCCUAACCCUGAUUUGCUAAUAAGAACAAGUGGUGAACUCAGAGUAAGUAAUUUCUUGUUGUGGCAAUUGGCAUACGCAGAACUUUACUUCAAUGGAGCACUGUGGCCAGAUUUUGGCAAGGAUGAGUUUGUAGAAGCAUUGAUUUCAUUUCAGCAGAGAAAGAGGCGCUUUGGUGGACGCUAAUCAUCAUAAUAACUAUUAAUUUUAAUAUCUCUUAAAAUAUAAUAUUAUGUGUAUAAUUAUAAGUAGUCACCUUUGCCUUUACGAUGAAGGUAUUGACUUGAAUAACAAGUAAAUAGAAUUGGGAGUAGUAAUUAUAAUUAAUUGCUGCAAUGGAGUAGUAUUUUUAUACUUUAUGAUGAAA